AUGGCUGAGCGAACAGUCGAGUUCUCCGAUGAGUUGUUGUACUUUCACGAGUUCGAUGCCAUUGUAAGUUCUCUGUCUCUUUCUGCCUCUCUCUCCCCGUGCCCCCCAAUAUUCCUGAAUCUUGCCUCCGACAAUAGAAGAAAGAAAAUCAUUUGAUUCGCUGUAAAUAUUAUUGAGUCUUCUCCAUUUAAUCUCUGAUUUUUCCAGCGCAACCUCAGCAUGGGUCUCUUGCGUCCAUCGUUCGAGGAACCAACGGCCAGAUUGAUGCCCGGUCCCGUGGUUGGUGCUCAAGAUUCAAACUGAAAUUGAACUUUGACGUUACAGACAUCAGAAGAAGAGGAAGAGUUCUCGUCUUCGGAGCGAAGACGUUACAAGGCCUACACGGUGAUGCAGAAAGCCGGAUUCCAGCACACCGAGUAAGUUCCCAUCCCAAUCCGCUCAAUUCCCAUGUGGUUCGGUCAGAUAUGCACAAAUAAUGGUUCAUUUGUGUCGAGCUGAAAUCUUCCUGUCCCUCAUCUUCCUGGCUCAUGGCACAACGUGUCCCGGAUAUCCGAAUGAGGCGGAAUACCAAUCCACAUGCCACAUGAACACAGUCUCCGCCAUUGUGAGCCUUCUCACUGGAGCCAUGGGCCUUGGCGCCGUCCACAGAUACAGAUGGAGGACGAUGCUCAUUCUGUGGCUCGUCUUCUGCAUUAUGUCGUCCGUCGGCAGUCUUCUGGCCGUCAUCACAACCGGUAUCAACUGAAAAGUAUUUCAAAUUUAGAUGUAAUAUUCUAGGCAUUUGGCUGGAUCACUACUCAAAGAUGAAAGUGAGAACGGGCCUCGGAAACGGGCUCUCCGGCUUCAUGCUGCUCGCUUCGGUGGCCCUCGGCGUCUGCUUCAUCCUCACCGCCGUCAUGAUCUGCCACUACUGGAAUUCCCAUUCAACUGGUUAUCAGCCCGUGCAAAAGAUCGCUGUACGUGUCUCAUUUCUUCUCUAGCCUCCGAUAUUGUUUUGAUUUGUUUUCAGAAGCGGGCUCGGUCUGUGCGGCGCCGACUGAGCAGAGCAAAGAGCUGCGACAAGAAGGACGCGAGGCCGCCCACAAACAUUCCACAGGACAAGGGAUACCACAUCGUGUGA